AUGAGAUCCAGGAAUUCUUCUAUCCAUUUCUGCAAUUGGAUUCGUGUUACCUGCAGUCCAACUAAUGGAAGAGUCGCAAUCUUGAACUUGAGCUCGCAAAAGUUGGUUGGUUCCAUCCCACCUUCUAUAGGAAACCUUACAUCUCUUACUGCUAUCAACCUGGGAAACAAUGGCUUCCAUGGUGAAGUUCCUGAAGAAAUAGGCCGGUUACCACGCCUGCAGAAUCUCACCUUGAAUGACAAUCGAUUUAGCGGGAUAGCGGAGGAGCUUCGUUCAUUAUCAAAGCUGGAAGUGUUCGUCCUUGCAAAUAACAAUCUUACAGGAAAAAUUCCAUCCUGGAUAGGGAAUUUUUCCUCUCUGGAAGAGCUGUCACUUUCUUGGAAUUAUUUGCAUGGAAACAUUCCACUUAAAAUAGGCCAACUAUCAAGCCUCGGAUUUCUUCAACUUUCGGCAAAUUUUCUGUCUGCAUUUGCCGGUGGUGUUAACAAUUUUACAGGAAGUAUUCCUGUUUCAUUGUCAAAUGCCUCUAAACUUGAGCUUCUUGAUAUGGCUGAGAACGGUCUCACCGGGACCAUUCCUGGAAGCUUUGGAAAUUUGCAAGGUCUAGUUAGACUCAAUUUUGAAUUCAAUAGACUUGGAAGUGGGAAAACCGGUGACUUGAAUUUUCUAUCUUUCUUGACUAAUUGUUCUAGUCUCGAACUGUUGGGUCUUUAUGUAAAUCGAUUUGGAGGAGAACUGCCUGACUCCAUAGGGAACCUUUCAAGCCAGCUGCAAAUGCUUACCUUGGGAUCAAAUUUGAUUCAUGGGAAAAUCCCUUUUGGGAUUGGAAAUCUAGUUAAUUUAACAGCUCUAGGAUUGGAAAAUAACAACUUUAGUGGUACUGUUCCUGAUGAUUUUGGAAAGCUCCGAAAUCUACAAGUAUUGGAUUUGAGUGACAACAAUUUUUCAGGAACAAUUUCAUCUUUCCUAGGGAACUUGACUAAAUUGAAUACGCUUUUUAUGGCAAAUAAUAAAUUUGAGGGUAGCAUACCUCCGAGUCUAGGAAAUUGUCAACAUUUGAAGACGUUGGAUUUGUCUCGUAAUAAUUUGAAGGGCACCAUACCUAAAGAAGUCAAGUAUUUCUUCCCUUUCAAUUGCUUUGGUCCUGUCUUAACAAUUUUUUGA